AUGCCACCACGAUUAAAUACUCGAUUGGCAUCUUCUGCUAUUCGUCUCCUCCGUCUUUACUCAACCGACGCCGGUCCUCUUGUUCGAGUUACCAACCUCCAAGCUCCAAAUUCCGGUCAUAUCCGCAUUCUCGAGCUUAAUAGACCAUCCGCGCGCAAUGCUAUAUCAAAAGCCCUCCUAGCUGCCUUACGAGCCGAAGUUGAAGAUAUUCAAUCGCAAUAUACCGUUGAGGGUCAAGAAGUGCCGCCUCCCCCACGAUUUGGAGGAGCUGCUGGUAUAGAUCAGAAAGGGCCUACCAGAGCUCUGAUCCUGGCCAGCGCCGUUGAUGCAAGCUUCUGCGCAGGCGCCGAUCUUAAAGAGCGGCGCGGCUUUACGCAAGAGGAGACCGCACAAUUCCUAGCAGAUCUCCGCGGCACGUUUUCGUCCCUUUCAUCUCUCCCAAUCCCUACAAUUUCAGCCAUCUCUUCCCUUGCGCUUGGCGGUGGUCUUGAACUUGCCCUUUGCACACACUUCCGAGUAUUAGCCUCAUCUGCAACGGUGGGCCUUCCCGAGACGCGACUGGGCAUAAUUCCCGGUGCCGGCGGCACGUAUCGAUUACCAGCAUUGAUCGGACUCCCUCGCGCUAGGGAUAUAAUUCUAACUGGACGGCGUGUUUCUGCCCCCGAGGCGUACUUUUUAGGAAUUGCCGAUCGGUUAGUUGAGGUGCUGCCCGAAGACGAGCGGGAUGGUGUCGCGCAGACCAAUAACGAAGUCGAAGACGGACUACCAACUCGAGCACGAAACGCGGUUCUCUCGGAGGCGGUGAGGUUAGCAGGUGAGAUCUGUGAAGGAGGUCCGAUUGCGAUUAGAUCUGCUCUCCAGGCAGUGAGCUGGGCUAGGGAGGAAAUAGAGAACGCUAUGUACGAGCGUGUGGUGAAAACUGAGGAUCGAGAUGAGGCUUUAGAAGCUUUCAAGGAGAAGAGGAAACCUAUAUUUAAAGGGCGGUAA